AACUCCAUAGAACUUUACCAUCUAUUUUCAGAAAUGGAUUCGGAAGAUUCUCGAGAUGCUACUGGCGAUGCACAGUCAUCUUCGAGCAGUAGUAGCUCCAGUUCUAGAAGUCGUAGAAGUUCAUCAUCGGAUAGUUCUAAAAAAGAUCCAAAAUCUCCACCUCAUUCCUCUCCCUCACUUCGGUUUAAUGGACCAAGGUCUCCUUCACCAGAAAGUCAUUCUCAAAUGUCUCAAAGGUCCACCUCUAUUGGUAAACAACCACAGUCACCAGAUAACUUGAGUGGAGCUCAUUCAGAUAUAAAUUCACCGGAAAAUUCAAUGGCAGCUUCUCCAAUUGGUCCUAAGUCACCAGAUCCGCCAAAAUCACCUAGUGACGUAGCAUCAAACAUUGGUUCUCCAGAACAGCAAGAGAAUUACUCAUCAGCACCUCCUUCAGCUGGAGAAGGUCCUAAAACACCUCAGAGUCCAAGUAGCUCAGUAAAGUCAAGACCUGGUACACCUACAAAUAAUUCUGAACCCAUGUCUCCUGAUUCUGCAUCCCAAGCUGCAUCACCACAAUCCCGAAAUCGUGAGCCACAUUCUCCUACUUCAAGUCCAUCACCUGACAGAGCAUCAUCUCAAUCUUCCCCUCCCAGAUCGCCAGUUAAGAAAAAUGAAUGGAGUCCAAAAGAAAAGUGGAGGAGACAUACAAAGGCUGAACAAAAAAUGGUUUCAUUACCACGUAAUAGAAGUAGAUCCGAAUCAAGCCAAUCAAGCCAGAGUUCUGCUACUUAUAAUAAAAGAAGUAAUUCUAAGGAUCCAGCCACUGAAGCAAUUUCGGAUGGAGAAAUGGAAUCAGAUCAAGAAGAUGACAAGUCUGGAAGUAAGUCUGUUACAAGUGAUAAACAGGAUAAAGAAAAUAAGAUAAGUCAUGAGGAUUUGUCAGAUGUAUCUGAUAUCGAUUCUAUGGGAGUAGAUGAUGCUGACAAAGAUUUGAAGAGUAAAUCAAAACCUCAAUCACCAGAUACAAAAACAGAAGUUGUUAAUGGUAAUGAGAAAACAAAUUCUCACUCAUCACCAAAAUCAGAUAAUGGAGAUGCCCACAAAGUAGAAAAGGUGCCUCAAGAAAAAACAAGCAAUGCAGAAGAUGCAGAGGAACAAUUGGAUUUUGAGGCAGAAGAGGGUGAAUGUAUUGAACCGGCUAAAACCAGAGAUCAGUCAAAUGGGGAUGUGGAGUCACAAACUGGAGAGAAAGAGGAUGUGAAAGCCGGCCGUCGGUCUCGAGGCUCGUCGCUAGAGGAGGGUGAGGUCUCAGAUGAGGCAGAACGGAGACCUGAGGAGAGUGAGCCGCGCCCUGUUUGUAGGUUCUUCUCGAGAGGAGCCUGCACUUGGGGUGUCAGUUGCAGGUUCCUGCACCCGGGCGUGACGGACAAGGGCAAUUACAACAUGUUCGACGUGGUGCGCGGCGUGCCGGCCGGCGCCGCCUUCCCCGCGCCGCGCGACGCCGCGCCGCCCGAGUCCGCCUGGGAGCGCGGCCUUCGCACCGCCAAGGAGAUGCUCCGGAUAGCAAACAAGCGUAAGGAGCAAGACAUGGACUUUGAGGAGAAGAAGUUGCAUCUGUCUGUUGGUGGUGUGGUGCAUGAUCCUGACGCUGAGUUGGCGUACGCGGCCGCUGCGGUCGGAGCCUCGCCGCCUAGAGACCUCGCUGCACACCGAGAUCGGGAUCCUGACGUCUACCGGUGAGGAACCAUAUUGCAAUACGGCAUGAUGUACCGCGGCGGUCGGUUUCCGCGGCCUCCGAUGGACGAACGCGAGCGCUACUACGAGCGCGAGCGUGGAUACGAUCGCGAGCGUCCCUUCGAGCGACCGCCUUUCUACGAUGAACACGUGCCUGUGCCCGAGGAAAUGCCUUUUCACAAGCGACGAGUACGUUCAUCUCGCGAAGUUAUAGUCCAGCGUGCAGAGAUAGAGCGUCGGGAGGGGCGAGAAGUUCGCGAGGGGCGCGAAGGGCGCGAAAUGCGGGGUCGAGAGGGGCGGGAGGGGCGUGAUGGGCGAGAUGGGCGAGUCGACGAGUGGGCUGACCCCUGGAUGAGAGCCGAGCCAGCCGCCAGGAGGCGAAGACCUCCGUCCUCAGAAGACUCCUACUCAUCAUCGAGCUCUUCAAAUUCCAGCUCGCGUAGUUCAGGCAGUCCUGGGGCCAGGCGUAAAAGGCGAGCAUCGUCAUCAUCACGACAAAGGCUGUCCCCGUCGGUGAUCGUGCGCGAGCGGCGGCUGGCGAGCGCGCGCGCCACCGCCAUGAACCCGCCCGCGCCGCGCCGCCGCGCGCCCUCGCCCGCCGCCGCGCGCCAGCUGGCCGCCAACCCGCCGCCGCCCGCGCCGCACCGCCACAAGGAGGAAAUUGAUAUGUACGGUCGAAAUAAAGCUGGAAGCCGCGAUAGAAAUAGAAAAAAGUAUUCCAAGUCAUCGUCGUCGGGCUCAGAAUCAUCGUCAUCAUCUAGUGAAUCUGAGAGCGAAUCGCGCUCGUCAUCGUCGUCGGGCAGUUCGGGCGCGCGACGAGCUCGGCACGCGCGGCUAUUGAACGCGGCCGCGAGGCCGAGGUUAAAUACUAAGUCAAACACGGGCUUAGCAGCUGCAGUUUCUGCAGUUACAAGUAAAAAGGAAGUGUCAAGUGAAAAGGAAAUAGUUGGUAAGAAAAGAGGAGCAGCUUCGCCUUUAAGUGGAGCCGCUCCAGCCAAGAAAUCUGUUUCAAGGCGAGAAGAGCUAUUAAAACAAUUGAAAGCCGUCGAGGACGCGAUCGCUAGAAAGAGGUCGAAGAUAUAGGAGUACGAGAAACUCUUUUAUAGAAAAACUCAUAAAGAGUAGUAGAAAUUACUACACAGUGAAUCCAGUUGUUGACAAAUCGGUGAUAAAUAAUAUUGAGACCCAUUUAUUGUUAAAUGUUUUCAACUGCAUUUUUAACUACAGCAAUGUAAGUGUUCUACUGAUAAAGGAGUAGAGUUAGUGUAUUUCACAAUUAUAGGCUUUAAGAUAUUUAGCUUAUGUGAUAUCUGAUUGAUUUUAUUGUGCAUUUGAACGUGA